UUCCUGAGGGAGGACCUGAAUUACCAUGACCCAGCAGUCAAGCACAGCACUUUCCAUGGAGAAGACAAGCUCAUCAGUGUGGAAGAUCUCUGGAAGUCCUGGAAGACAUCUGAAGUGUACAACUGGACAGUUGAUGAGGUGGUGCAGUGGCUCAUUACGUACGUGGAGCUGCCCCAGUACGAAGAGACCUUCCGGAAGCUACAGCUGAAUGGCCAUGCCAUGCCCAGGCUGGCGGUGAACAACGUGACCAUGAUGGGCAGUGUGCUGAAGAUGACCGACCGCAGCCACAGGCAGAAGCUGCAGCUCAAGGCUCUGGACACGGUGCUCUUUGGGCCUCCUCUCUUGACUCGCCACAACCACCUGAAGGACUUCAUGCUGGUGGUGUCCAUCGUCAUCGGGGUGGGUGGCUGCUGGUUCGCCUACAUCCAGAACCGCUACUCCAAGGAGCACAUGAAGAAGAUGAUGAAAGACCUGGAGGGUCUCCACAGAGCUGAGCAGUCUCUCCAUGACCUUCAGGAAAGGCUGCAGAAGGCACAGGAGGAGCAUCGCUCUGUGGAGGUGGAGAAGGUGCACCUGGAGAAGAAGCUGCAGGAUGAGAUCAGCAUGGCCAAGCAGGAGGCUCAUCGACUGCGGGAGCUGCGUGAGGGCACUGAGAACGAGCUCAGCCGCCAGAAGUACGCGGAGCAGGAGUUGGAGCAG